GCGAAGGGUCCCGGCCCCGCCCCCUGCGGCUGGGCCCCCGCCCCCGCCCCCCUGCGCCCCUCCCGCCUCCCGCGGCGGAGCCGGCGAGCGCGGCUCCCUCGGCUCGUUCAUUCAUGCUCGGCGGCAGCCGGGCGCAGGGCGGAGGGCGGCGGGCGGCGGGCCGGGGGGCUGCGGCGCGGGGGAGGCCCCGCGAGGUGCAGGCGCCGGGCUGCAGGCGCGGACCCCGGGCCCCCGGCGCCCCCGCCCCUCGCUGAAGCCCAGCCCCGCGGGCCGGGACGCUGCCCCCUCGCAAGUGGCCAUGGGGGCGGUCAUGGGCACCUUCUCGUCUCUGCAGACCAAACAAAGGCGCCCCUCCAAAGACAUCGCCUGGUGGUAUUACCAGUAUCAGAGAGAUAAGACAGAGGACGAGCUGGAGAUGGCCGUGGUCUGCCACCGGCCCGAGGGGCUGGAGCAGCUGGAGGCGCAGACCAACUUCACCAAGAGGGAGCUGCAGGUGCUCUACCGCGGCUUCAAGAACGAGUGCCCCAGCGGGGCGGUGAACGAGGACACCUUCAAGCAGAUCUACGCCCAGUUCUUCCCUCACGGAGACGCCAGCACGUACGCCCACUAUCUCUUCCAUGCCUUCGACACCACCCAGACGGGCUCCGUCAAGUUUGAGGACUUCGUGACGGCCCUGUCCACUCUCCUGCGUGGCUCCGUGCACGAGAAGCUCCGGUGGACAUUCAACCUGUACGACAUCAACAAGGACGGCUACAUCAACAAGGAGGAGAUGAUGGACAUCGUCAAGGCCAUCUACGACAUGAUGGGCAAGUACACGUACCCCGUGCUCAGGGAGGACACGCCCCGGCAGCACGUGGACGUCUUCUUCCAGAAAAUGGACAAAAACAAAGACGGCAUCGUGACGCUGGAUGAAUUUCUCGAGUCCUGCCAGGAGGACGACAACAUCAUGAGGUCCCUACAGCUGUUCCAGAACGUCAUGUGACGACGGCCCCAGCCCACAGCUCUCGGAGCCCCCUGGACCCCCGUGGGGCCCCCCUCCGCCUCCUCUGGAGGCCAGGCCGACUGGAGCCCGGCGGGACCUGGAAGCAUGCCCCUCGCCCGCCGCCGCCCGCCCGCCCGCGCCAUCACGCUCCAUCCGCUGCCCACCCGCCCGGCCGACUCGGUGGGCCUGAGCCAGGGCUGCCCGCCUGGGGCCUGGCCCGGGGCCUCGGUGCCAGGGUCCCUGGACUCCGCCAUCGCCACAGUGGGGGAGCCAGCCCCCCGCCCCCCCUCGCUGACCCCGACGGAGGGGGUCUCGGCCGAAGGGGAAGGCUGGCAGGGCCAUGCUCGCGCCGCCUCCUCUCCCGAGCGAGCCCACCUGCAUGCCCCCGGCCCCGCAGCCUGCCACACCUGCACCUCAUGGACUUUUCUACCACGUUCCACUCAAUAAACGGAACCGUUUCUUA